CAUAGUAUAUUUACGUGGUAAUACAUACUCUUACACAUAUUUUAAUAAAUAUUUUUAUUACGUACUUUUUGUGAAGUAUCUGGGUAUAAUAUUGGUACCUACGUGUUCUUUUCGUAUUCAAGGUAACGAUAUUAAAACAAUUUGGUUUUAAAACUUUGUCACGUUAUAGUGGUUUAAUUACGAUUAGUGCAAAGUGAACGUCAUAUAUAAACUCGUAUUAUCAGCCCUAAUUCGAUUAGAGAGCUCAAAAUGGAGGCGUCAUAUCAGGGAAGUGUCUCAUAUGAGAACAAUGAGAACUUUCAGCGUAUCUCGCAAACGAUUGCGAGUAACAUAAAGAAAAUGUCCCAAAAUGUAUCGUCGAUGUCCAAGAUGAUCAGUCAGCUGCAGACUCCGCAAGAUUCACAGGAGCUGAGGAAUCAAUUGCGUCAGAUCCAGAACUACACCCAGAAGAUGGCCAAGGACACGUCCACGAUGAUCAUGGAAAUGAUGAAGACCCCGGCGGACAGCCCGGCCGACAAGCUGACUCGGGACCGACUGCGCGACGAGUAUAUGGCCACCCUCAACGCUUUCCAGGCAACGCAAAAGGUGGCCGCCCAGAAGACAAAAGAGGAUGUCAGAAAGGCCAAAGCUCAGAACUUCAAAAUCGGCGAUCCCUUUGAUCUGGGAGACCGCGCCGAGAGCGGCGAGUCGGCCCGCCCGCGCCCUCUACAGCAGCAACUAACGGCGCAGUCGGAGACGGAGCUACAAGAGUUGGAGGAGCGCGAGAGAGACAUCCGCCAGCUCGAGAACGACAUAAUGGACGUGAACUCGAUCUUCAAGAAGCUCGGCACCAUGAUCCACGAGCAGGGCUCCGUCGUGAACUCAAUCGAAUCAAGCGUGGAGUACGCGUCGCAGAACGUCGAGUCCGCCACCCGAGAACUGAACACCGCCGCCACCUAUAAGAACAAGCUGAGGAAGAAGAAGAUCUACCUGGCCAUCUUCCUCAUCAUCGUCGUCGCCAUCAUCCUGAUCAUUGCGAUCCCCCGCGGCUGAGGGCGCCGGUGGAGUCCCCGGAGCCCUAGCGACCGACCCGCGACCCUGCUGCCCUCUGCUUACUCCCCGUAUACUCUUACAUUAUUACAGGAGAACGUUACAGUCUUCAACGUUAGUGUAUCCGUGUCCGGAUUAUUUUGUUACAUUAUAAUCGACUAGUUGUGGCGAAAAUUUGGAUGUGUAUAAACUAAUAUUAUGCGAGAAAAUGUAAUUUGCUCUGUGUUAAUCCAGGAUAUGUUCAGUAAUUUUUGCGUGAAAGAGUAACAAGCAUCCACCCAUCCAUACUUACAAACUUUCUCAUUUAUAAUUUUAGAAGGAUAUACAUUGUACAUACACUUACUCAAUUGUUUCUUACUUGUCUCUUUAUUACUUUUUGUGUAAAGUAUGUUUCUAACAUUUAUGCUUUAUGAAUGUACGCUUUUAUUAUUUAUUAAUAUUUUCAUAAAGUUCUUUAAAUUAAAAAGUAACUGAAAGAUGGUAUAAACAAUAAGACACGUAAGAAAAAAUGGAGUGUACGUAUAUAUACAACGUGUAACGUCAAAUUGACAGUUCUGAGACUUCUCACUAUGACGUCAUUAAUUACUUUUCGUGCGUAGUUUUGAUAACAAUGCGACAAAAGAAGCAGAACCCUGGUGGUAACGGAUAGUAUAGCUAACAUAGAAGUACCUCCCCCAUCUACGCUACCCUCGUGAUGAAGUCGGCUCGGUGAGGUGCCAGUGGGAUAGUAACCACCUACGUCCGAAGCGUCCAAGCAAAAGCUGAAAAGACCCCAAUUCUCUUAGCUUCUGGGGUAUUUUUAGCUUCCAUCAUCACACGUUUUUGUCCCGCCUAAACAAUUCGCAAGGUGCUCGAGAGGUAUUUUGCCCAAAAAACCUUCCUAUAAGACAAAGUCGUAAACAAUAAAAAAGGGCCUUAAUUUUUUUAUACAAACAGUAUGAGAGAAAGAGAUAAAAUUUAUUGCAAGUUUUAAGUCUGUUUUUAACUUAACUCAGUAUUAAUUAACUCAGAGAAAAGUUGUAAAAUAGUCAGAAUCGCCUCUCGAAGUAAAAUUUAAGCCUUGAGACAUUUUAAAUGACGGAUUAAGUCAAGAGUUGCAAUUGAGACGUGCGUUGUAAAAUUUAAUAUUUUUUUUUUUAACCUAGGUUAUUUUUUGUGUACAAUCAACAGAGAUUGAGACUAUUUUAUUAAUAACUGACGAUAGACGAUAGAUAUAUAGACAGAUCCAAACGCCACCUAAUGUAAGAAUUCCGAAGUAGCUUCCAAUAUAAAAUUAAGAUUUAAUUUGUUUGAUUCAUCGACUGCUCUUUUAGAUUUUGCCCCAUUUUCCCUUUUGCUUAACUAAAUAAAAACAAACCAAAUCUUUCGAGACAUUUUCGAGUUUUUUACGAGACACGGCAUUGAUUGAAAUACUACUUACAAAUUGGUGUCUAUAUUUAAGAAAAACAAUAUAACAUAUUUAUUACCCCACGGCGACUUCAAGUAAUGUUUACAUCUUCUUUGCGGCAAAUUUUUAAUAUGACAGAAUUUUUUUUAAUACUUUAAUGUUGGCUGUUAGUAUGUAAGUUAUAAAUACAUUAUGUCAAAGAAGGCCUGUGUUCAGUAUUGAGAACUUAAUUGUCCCGGGGCCUUCGGUUUUAGUUUUAAAAUAUUAUGCCAACAAAUAAAUUUGCGAUUGGAGGCCUGUAUUCAGCCGGUCGACUUGAAAGGCUAAUGAGACCUACUUAAUACUUUCAAAUCAAGAGUGAAUAGGCAUCUUCUAGGCUGCAUCAUCAUUACUUAUAAACAUUUA